ACUCAUAUUUCACAGCCGAGUAGCAGUGUUAUUCGGCGGUGUCCUAGCUUUGUUUAAUAUAAUCCCUUGUUGUAAAAUAAAUGCUGGUGCUGUCUGUUUUAGAAGGCGAAACAGCUCCAUAUUCGUCGCUGUCGUCUCCGCGGCGGUAAUUUCAAGCACGGACCCGUUAUUGCAGCUUUACAAACAGCUUAUCUUGGAACAAGCCACCUAUAGCUGCCUCCGUGAUGGCGACGCAGCGAGCAUAGAAAAUUAAGGAAUCUGCGCAUGAACCAUUGAAACGAUACAGCUCGUGCCGAAACUGAAGUUUGUGGAGCAUAUGGGCGAAGAGGAAGGAUUUAUGGAAGCCCCAAGCACUCCAUUAGAAAUAUAUUGCAUAGAUAAUACAUCAUGAUGGAAUUAUGCGAUGUACUCUACACAAUGUACAGUCGCGGACAGAAUAAAAUGGACCACGGGAUCUCCGAAAACGUUCAAUUUCCGAGCAGCCUGUAGCAGUAACCAGUAAAACUGCCCACGACAACGUUGUUAGCAUAUUCUAGUCGAGGUCCAAAAUGCAAAUACCAUAUUGCGUUGUGAGGUUGCGGUGAUAUUCAGCUUUUUCUUAGAUUUCAUGGUCCGUAAUAUUCUGUCCGCGACUGUACGUGUACAUUGUCGAGAUACAUUGCACAUAUGCUUCGGUGCACGCGCGUGCGUGUGUAUGUUUCGAAACACAUGCAUGCAUGCAGUGUUUAUAAAUUAAUUUCUGUUUUUUGUUUUUUUUUUUUUGUUUUUUUGUCUGAUUGGCUUGAACAGCCACUGAACAGGUACGGAUACGCCUCGCCGGAACAGAAACAAGCCAUCAUCAAGCAGGUGGAGGACACGGUGGCUUCCCGGCUGAACGAGGUGAAAGAAGCGCAACGCAACAGGGACAAGAACGAGCUGGACAUGUGCUACAUACCCUUCGACGAGGAAGUGUACAAGUUCAAGGAGUCGUACCUCGACCCGGAGUUUGUGCAAGUGGUCAAGACGGCCAAGUCGCCAGAAUCGUUGCCGCCUUCCUGGAUUAUUUCAGCAGAGAAGGAGGUCUACCGUAUCCCGCUGUUCACGCGAGAAUUCGCCGACAAGCUGCUGUACGAGCUGGAUCACUUCGAAGGCUCCGAGAUGCCCAAGAUCAGACCCAACAUUCUCAACAACUACGCGACGGUUCUCAGCGAGGUGGGCUUUGACGAGCAGUUCGUGACGCCGCUACGCGACCAGUACCUGACUCCCCUGUGCCGGGCACUGUUCCCGCACUGGACGGGGGCUCGCUUCGACUCGCACAACGCCUUCACCGUGCGCUGCGAGCCCGGCAGUGAGAGCGGCCUCGAGUUCCACUACGACAACGCCGAGGUGACGCUGAACGUGUGCCUGGGCCGGCGGGACUUCAGCGGCGGCGAGCUGUACUUCAGCGACAUGCGCGAAGAGCCGCUGGACCAGUGCUCGACCACUCUAUUGCAGCGGCAGCUGCCCCGCCACGCCUUCUUGCACCGCGGUCAGCAGCUGAGCGGCUCCGUGCCAGCGCAGAGCGGCGAACGCGUCAACCUGGUGGUGUGGCUGCGCUCGUCGGAGCUGCGAAACCGGCGCUGCCCGCUCUGCGACUGCGCCCCGACGCUGGUUGCCGUCGGCGAAGGAUACGGAGACGGAUUCACUGCCCGUUCCGCGUCGCAGGAGUCGGUCGCGCUGGCUGUCCCAAGGUUUCCCCUGCACCGGCUGGCGUCUUCCAGCGAGCAGCUGCAGCCCGUCGAUGCCGUCGCCCAAUAAAGAAUCGACCGGCCUGAA